UGGUCAUGUGCCAGUCAUGGAUGCCACGUUUUCCACACCACACUUGAAGUUUUACUUCUGCCGAUGGAGUCAAGUGUUACUUAUGAUCUUUAUAGCGGCGCUCUGUGUUUUUCAAAUGUAUGUAUUAGUGAUAUCGUAUAGUGCAGUGUACCAUGUUCCCAUAUCGUCGAAGCCAUGUGGACCUGAUCAUCUCAAAUUCAGCGUAGAUCUAACCAACGCGAAGAAUUCAAAAACUUCAGAAAAUAAUGGUGAGUUUGGAAACAAUUCUUUACAAGAAACCUAUGAAGGUAAUAAUAGUUUUCAGAACACCUUGAACACGACUCUUGAAAUUGAUAAUGUACUCUAUCCUGCAGGAUAUAUCUUCCCAAAUAACGACACUUUUAGAGGAUGCCCUUGUCUUUUAAAAACAUGUAUAAUUAAAUGUUGCCCAUUCAAUCAGAGGUUUGCUUCAAGGACAAAUCUCACGUGUAUUCCAGAAAAAUCAGCAUCAACCUUCAAACCCUUCAGAGAAUCCAUAUUUUCCAAACUGGAUCGUCACCAGCAAUUGUCAGACCUCCAUUCCAAGAAGAUGAAUGAAAGUGACAUAUUUGUAAUCGUUGGAGAACGAUGUGACAAAAAUAAAGGAAAAUAUGGCUCGAGAUAUGAUAUCAAGAAGUCUUUCAUGAUGGAAGAUGGAACAGUCCUAACUGAUCAGCUUAUUUAUCUUGAUCUCAAUCAGUACUGCAUGGAUAGGAUUACAGGAACUGAGAAGAUGAUCACUGUUAGAUGUGUUAAGAACGAUUUGGAUUUUGUGAUACGAAGAUCAGUGACCGGUGUCCGUUAUAGAGCAGUAAUUGGAGUGUUGGUGAUAUCGGUAGUUUCUCUAUUGGUAACAAUUUUGGUUUAUUGGCAAAUGCCAGAACUACAAAACUUACACAACAAGUUGCUAAUUUCUUAUUUGUUCUGUUUGAGUAUUUAUUACUGUAGCUUCCUUGUAAGAGAGUUUGUCUAUAGCAGUCGUUUAAUAGUUAGUGUUUUAAAUUAUCUACUGCAAUUUUCUUUUUUGGGGUGGACAAUAUGGUUGACAAUGAUGUGCUACAAUAUUUGGUGGGUUUUCAGCCAUCCCUUAAGGCAACUGAGUACAAACUCACGAACCCAGCCCAGACAGUUCACCUGGUUCUACGUGCUUGGCUGGGGCGGUCCUUUUCUAGCUUGUGCUCUGACGGCAGCAGUAGGAGUCGUACCUAACCUCCCAAAUGCUGACUCGUGUGAUAAGCCUAGGUUUGAAGAUGAUCCUUGUUUCUUCAAUCAGACAAGAACCACAUCAAUGUUUCUGUAUUACCUUCUCAUACCUUUGCUUUUCCUGAAUUUUGUUAUGUUCUUGUUCACCAUCUGUAAUCUACGAUGCCUUCACUUCCAAAAUAGCAAAUCUUUUUCCUCUUCCCAAUCUCAAAAAGCCAAGGAAGGCAUAUUCUUGUACAUAAAGUUGUCACUAUCCAUGGGGUUCAACUGGCUAUUUCCUGUGUUUUUUUUCUCAUUCAGUACUCCACUUGGCUUUUUCAUGGGGAGAAUAAUUGAGUCUUCACAAGGUAUUGUCCUUUUCAUAGUUCUGGUUCUGUGCAAUAAACGUAUAAUGGCACGAUUUCGAGAGAACUGGAUCAGUAAUAAUAGCUUCGUGUUGACAUUUGUUUCAUGAUAAAUAUAAAACCGAAUUAACAGUUCAAACAUAUAAUUAUUAUGUGUCAUAUUUUUAUAAAGCUGAUAACUACUUAAUGUAGUUUAUUAUUGUUUGAAAUCAUAAUUCCUCUGGAAAAACUUAAAGGUGGGCAAAUAUA